AUGGAGGUGAAAGACCCCGGCUGGGCCUCCAUCAGCAGGGGGGUGCUGGUAUGUGACGAGUGCUGCAGCGUGCAUCGGAGCCUGGGCCGCCACAUUUCCAUCGUCAAGCACCUUCGCCACAGCGCCUGGCCCCCCACGCUGCUGCAGAUGGUGCACACGCUCGCCAGCAACGGGGCCAACUCCAUCUGGGAGCACUCCCUGCUGGACCCCGCGCAAGUGCAGAGCGGCCGGCGCAAAGCCAACCCCCAAGACAAAGUCCACCCCAUCAAGUCAGAGUUCAUCAGGGCCAAGUACCAGAUGCUGGCGUUUGUGCACAAGCUUCCGUGCCGGGACGAUGACGGGGUCACUGCCAAAGACCUCAGCAAGCAACUGCACUCGAGCGUGCGGACGGGCAACCUGGAGACGUGUCUGCGCCUGCUGUCCCUGGGGGCCCAGGCCAACUUCUUCCAUCCAGAGAAGGGCACCACACCUCUGCAUGUGGCUGCCAAGGCGGGGCAGACACUGCAGGCUGAGCUUCUUGUAGUGUAUGGGGCCGAUCCCGGCUCCCCUGAUGUCAAUGGCCGCACACCCAUUGACUACGCCAGGCAGGCGGGGCACCACGAGCUGGCGGAAAGGCUAGUCGAGUGCCAGUACGAGCUCACUGACCGGUUGGCCUUCUAUCUCUGUGGACGCAAGCCGGAUCACAAGAAUGGGCAUUACAUCAUCCCACAGAUGGCUGACAGCCUGGACCUGUCCGAGUUGGCCAAAGCCGCCAAGAAGAAGCUGCAGGCGCUCAGCAACCGGCUUUUUGAGGAACUUGCCAUGGAUGUGUAUGACGAGGUGGAUAGAAGAGAAAAUGACGCCGUGUGGCUGGCUACCCAAAACCACAGCACCCUGGUGACGGAGCGCAGUGCUGUGCCCUUCCUGCCUGUGAACCCCGAGUACUCAGCCACACGGAAUCAGGGGCGGCAGAAGUUGGCCCGCUUUAAUGCCCGAGAGUUUGCCACCCUGAUCAUUGACAUUCUCAGUGAGGCCAAGCGGAGACAGCAGGGCAAGAGCCUGAGCAGCCCCACAGACAACCUCGAGCUCUCUGCGCGGAGCCAGAGUGACCUCGACGACCAACACGACUACGACAGUGUGGCCUCGGACGAGGACACGGACCAGGAACCCCUGCGCGGCGCUGGUGCCACUAGGAACAACCGUGCCCGGAGCAUGGACUCCUCAGACCUCUCCGAUGGGGCCGUGACUCUGCAGGAGUAUCUGGAGCUGAAGAAGGCUCUGGCUACCUCCGAGGCCAAGGUGCAACAGCUCAUGAAGGUCAACAGCAGCUUGAGUGAUGAGCUCCGGAGGCUGCAGAGGGAGAUCCACAAGCUGCAGGCAGAGAAUUUGCAGAUCCGGCAGCCGCCGGGGCCGGUGCCCACACCCCCACUGCCCAGCGAGCGGGCGGAACAUACAUCGAUGGGGCCUGGGGGGAGCACCCACCGCAGGGACCGCCAGGCCUUCUCCAUGUAUGAACCAGGCUCCGCCCUGAAGCCCUUUGGGGGCCCACCUGGGGACGAGCUCACCACCCGGCUCCAGCCUUUCCACAGCACUGAGCUGGAGGACGACGCCAUCUAUUCAGUACACGUCCCUGCCGGCCUUUACCGGAUCCGGAAGGGGGUGUCGGCCUCCGCCGUGCCCUUCACUCCCUCCUCCCCACUCCUGUCCUGCUCCCAGGAAGGAAGCCGCCACACGAGCAAGCUUUCCCGCCACGGCAGCGGUGCCGACAGCGACUACGAGAACACGCAAAGUGGGGACCCGCUGCUCGGACUGGAAGGGAAGAGGUUUCUGGAGCUGGGCAAGGAAGAAGACUUCCACCCGGAGUUGGAAAGCCUGGAUGGAGACCUCGACCCUGGGCUUCCCAGCACGGAGGAUGUCAUUCUGAAGACGGAACAGGUCACCAAGAACAUUCAGGAAUUGUUGCGGGCUGCCCAAGAAUUCAAGCACGACAGCUUUGUGCCCUGCUCAGAGAAGAUCCAUUUGGCUGUGACUGAGAUGGCCUCUCUCUUCCCCAAGAGGCCCGCCCUGGAGCCUGUGCGCAGCUCGCUUCGGCUGCUCAACGCCAGUGCCUGCCGGCUGCAGAGCGAGUGCCGGAAGACCGUGCCCCCGGAGCCCGGCGCCCCUGUGGACUUCCAGCUGCUGACUCAGCAGGUGAUCCAGUGCGCCUAUGACAUCGCCAAGGCUGCCAAGCAGCUGGUCACCAUCACCACCCGAGAAAAGAAGCAGUGACCACUCUCCCUGCACCCUCGCCUGCACCCUGGGACCUCACUGGCCGUGGGAGCUGGGCCACUCCAGACACUCAUCCCCACCCCAACAGAGCCACUGGCGCAAGUGCCCUUCGUGCUGCCACUCCCCCUGGCAGCCAGGCGCCCUGGUGCCCGCCCCCCCUGCAGCCCCCACAUUCCAUGCACCUCCCCCUGUACAUAGCAUUCCCCUCCCGCCCCCCCAGCGUGCAGGGGCCUGUAAGGCAUCACUCCCAGCCCCUAGCCCUCUGGGGCACCCUCAGCAAAGGGUCGGGUGGGGACACUCCAAGUGGGGCCAUUCCCCCUACAGGCACCCCACCCCCAUGAGCCAGUUCAGCCCUAUUGGGGGCUGAGCGGGGGCAUCCCCUCCUUUGUACAUAAUCUCUGGAUGUCCCCGCCCUGUAGCCACCAGCCCCCCUGCUGCUCUCCUUUAAUGCCAAACGGCCCCUGCCUAGAGCACAGGCCCCAACCUGUGUUCCCAGGGUCCCUAGCAGCAAACACUGGAAAUUGUUUUUUGUUUUUUGGUUUUUUUUUUCCUCUCUCUCCUCUUCCACUCCUUAAUUUUAACAUUGUGGUAACUGAGUGUCCCUGCGUGCCUGUGUGCGUGUGCGGGGCGGCAGUGCCGUUCCGGAGGCCUGGCCCAUCUGGAGUUCUGUGAAGGGUGAGGGGACCGGAGCAGCAGGACCAGUGUUGGGGGUCAGCCCCCCUUCCCCAUUCUCGGGGCCAGGGACUGCUGGUAACCAGCUGGGGUCCAACCCGUUGCCUCCCCUCAUCUGUCCCCCCACUCCUGACCCCUUCUCCAUGAACUUAACAACAAAAACCACUUCCCUGCAUCUCACCCCCCCCCCUUGUGGAGGGGGGUGUGCUGGCUGGGGCAGAGAACUGAGCACCUGAGCCUGGGGCUGGCUCCCCGGGGUCCCUGACUCAGCUGAGAGCCCCCUCCCCAUAACCUCUUGAGAGGCCAGCACCUGCGCCGCGGCAUCCGGGUAUCUGGGCUGCAGCCUGAGGUUGGAGACGCAGAUGGCAGGGCCUACCAACUCUCCUCCCUGUCCCGCCUCCGUCCCGGGGGCCAGGCUUUACCUGUGUGGUGGUGGGUGGGCUGACUGUCAAGAAGUGUGUCAUGUACAUUUGUAUCAAAAAUAAAUAAGUGACCAUGCGCUGUUGCUG